AUGAAGCUGAACAUCUCAAACCCUCUGAACAAUGUUCAGAAGAGCAUAGAAAUUGACGAUGAGAAGAAAUUGCUGCCCUUCAUGGAAAAGCGAAUAGGAAAUGUCGUACCAGGAGAUUCAAUCGGUGAAGAAUUUUUGGGAUAUGUAUUCAGAAUAACUGGAGGAAAUGAUAAGCAGGGAUUUCCAAUGAUGCAAGGAGUGUUGACUAACAGCCGUGUGAGACUCUUAUUUAAGAAAGGAAUGAAAUGUUAUAGACCAAGAAAAAAGGGAGAAAAGAAAAGAAAAUCUGUUAGAGGAUGUAUUGUAGGUCAAGAUUUGUCAGCUCUAAAUUUAACUGUGGUUAAAAAAGGUACCAAUGAAAUUCCAGGACUAACUGAUAAAGCAGUAGGAAAAAAGCUAGGGCCUAAAAGAGCUAGUAAAAUUAGAAAAUUAUUUAAUUUAGAUAAAACAGAUGAUGUUAGAAAAUAUGUUAUUGGAAGAGCUAUUUCCAAAAAUGGAAAAACGAGAUUUAUUAAACCAAAAAUUCAAAGACUUGUUACGGAAAAAAGAUUACUACGAAAAAGAACACUUAUGGCAGCUAAAGAAAGACGAAGAAUAGAGAAAAAAAAAGCUAUUAAAGAAUAUAAAAAGAUUUUAAAUAAAUACAGAAAUGAAUUACUUACCAGAACAGAUGAUGAUACGGGAAAAAAAAAAAAAGUCAAAAAAUCUAUUUCAAAAGAUAGUCUUAAAAAAGGAGGAAAAAAAAAAGACAAAAAAAAUGCCAAAGACGAUAAAGUGACCAAAAAGGAAAAUGAUAAAUCCAAAAAAAAUUUAGUAAAAAAGGAUGUAGCAAAAAAUGAUGCAGGAAAAAAAACGUCAUCCAAAUCACCAGCACCCAAAAAAGUCAAAGAAGAAAAAAAUACAAAGCAUGAUAACAAAUCUGUGAAAGUUGACAAAAAGGCUUCAGCAAAAACACCAAAGGGGGAUGAUAAAGGUGCCAAGAAAAAAAAGUAA